AUGUCCGUCCCUGCCUUCUCCGAUAUUGCCAAGGCGGCCAACGAUCUCCUCAACAAGGACUUCUACCACCUCUCCGCCACCACCUUUGAGUUCAAGGACACUGCUCCCAAUGGCGUCGCCUUCAAGGUGACUGGCAAGUCCAGCCACGAGAAGGCUACCUCUGCUGCUAUUGAGGGAAAAUACACCGACAAGCCUUCCGGCCUCACCUUGACCCAGUCCUGGAACACCGCAAACGCCCUCGACACCAAGAUCGAGGUCAACGACACCCUCGCCAAGGGGCUCAAGCUCGAGGGUCUCUUCAGCUUCCUCCCCGCCACCGCUGGCAAGGGUGCCAAGUUCAACCUCUUCUUCAAGCAGCCCGGCUUCCACGGCCGUGCCUUUUUUGAUCUCCUCCGGGGCCCCGUGGCCAACGUGGAUGCCGUUGUCGGCCACGAGGGCUUCCUCGCCGGUGCUUCUGCUGGCUACGACGUGAACAAGGCUGCCCUCACCGCCUACAGCGCCGCUGUUGGUUACGCCGCGCCCCAAUACACCGCUGCCGUCACCGCCACCGACAACCUCAGCGUCUUUGCUGCUUCCUACUACCACAAAGUCAACAGCCAGGUCGAGGCCGGUGCCAAGGCUACCUGGAACUCCAAGACUGGCAACACUGUCGGCCUGGAGGUAGCCAGCAAGUACCGCAUCGACCCCGUCUCGUUCGCCAAGGUCAAGAUCAACGACCGCGGCAUUGCUGCCCUUGCUUACAAUGUCCUCCUGCGCGAGGGCGUUACCCUGGGCCUCGGUGGCUCCUUUGACACCCAGAAGCUCGACCAGGCUACUCACAAGCUCGGAGCUAGCUUCACCUUUGAGGGUUAA